AUGUUGAAAGCCAAUAAUAAGAAAAUAGAUGUCAAUAAUUUAAACCUUGAUCGCUCAUAUACCCUUGAAGAAUUUGAAUUCAUAAAUGAUCAGCUCAAAACACGCACCUUAGAAAUUGAUGGACAACCAGUUAACCUUUUUGAUUUUGAUAAGAACGGCAAGCUUAUUCCUAUGUCGCAAUCACUCUAUUCCAGAGAGAUAGUUGUUGCUGAGAUUGUUAGACAGCUUGGUGAGUGGAAUAUUUGGACAAAGCAAAAUGGGUGCAUUACCUUAUUACAGGGAGGAUUUGAUUUUGAUGUUGGGUGUGGUAGAAUGAUAAGAGCACCGGAUAUUGCUUAUACAUCUAAAGAAAUACAUCGUUCAUUGAAUAAAAAACAAAAUUGGAGUUUUCGUGGUGAACCAUUUACCCCUGUAUUUGUAGAUGUUGUUGGUGAAGACUUUUUACCAAGGUUUACCCUAGAAAUAUGGAAAAUUGAACAUGCAAUAUCCCAGCGAGAAUCGGUAUCACCUGAACCAACUGAAAAUAAUAGAAACCUUGACUAG